GCUACUCCUCAAGAGCCUCAUUUCAUCGAAUAGAGCGAGAGCCGGGUGUUUUGCCUAAGAAAAGGAAGGAAACUGCCAAGAUUUGUGUCAUUAAUCCCCCCAUGAGAGAACCCUGAUAGACAUUAGCCAAGAAGACAUUGGGACCUCACCUGCAGCCAAGAAUCUGCACUGUCGAGCGUUGUGGAUUGCAACAGGGAAAUUGGAUCCUAGCAAUGCUAGCAUCUGCAGUUUCCCGACAGCGUGACGCGCCGAACUGUCUGGCUUUGUGUCGUUGGCCUUUUGGCCUCAAGUCUCGUGGCCGGUCCAGCUGAUUGCCAAUGCGGCUGGAUUGGCUAUACCAUCAGCGCCAAGCUCCGCGCCGUCCUUUCGAGUCAAACCUACGCAAAGGUGCUGCGGAAGAGGAUGGUAAAGCCGCCGCAGCCGUCCGAUUCCGAGGCGGAGACCCGCGUACAAGACCACGCCACCGACGGCGCCAUUUUUAACUUCGUGUCGACGGACGUCGACCACCUCAGUUUCAUGAGUGGCAGCGUCUAUCUGGUCCCGGCUGGGUUACCUUCCCGGUGCAGAUCACCAUCGGCACGUCCCUACUCUACCGCGUUCUCGGGAUGAGUGGCGUGAUUGGCGUCGCACUUAUGAUAGCCCUGCUGCCCCUGAAUGUGUGGAUCUCCAUCUAUGCCGCCUCAAUCCCGACCACUACGAGGAAGUCCUCUACGCCGUCGCCCUAGUCCCGGACCUCGCGGCGCUCGCCAACGAAG